ACUUUCGCCUCUCUGAUUUGGCUCUAUCUACACCGGAUAUAUGUCAUGUCUCCACAGUCAUAAUAUCCGCAACAAGUCCGCUGAUGUCUAGUGUGAGGUUAUGAAGCAAGCUACCUCGCUAACGUAGGAUGUUAUAGUUGCGAUAUAACCAGACGUACUUAUUAAACCACAAACUGUGAAUACGCAAUAGUGAAUACAUGUACCUUCAUAUAUAUAUAGUAUGGUAAUCUAGCCAGCAUUUGAACGUUCGCUUCCCCAUUUGAAGAGUUGUUACUGCUAACGUAAGCUUGCGAGCAGCUUUCGUUCAAUUUUUCGAAAUGGGACGAGGUGGUGGUCGGAAGCGUGGAAAAGGCAAUGGACCUCCUCCAUUUGAUAUGGGCUCAAGGGUGCCUGAUCCAUUUGACAUGGGUCCAGGUUGGUGUGGGCCACCUGGAUCUUUUGAUCCUUUUCACGGUGGCCCAGGUCCACAUCCUAACUUUAUGGGAGAUCCAAUGAUGCACGGCCCCAUGCCACCUGAUUAUCACGGAUAUGGGACAGGCUAUGGACCAAUGGGUCCAGGUGGCCCCAUGGAUGGAUAUGGACCAAUGGGUCCAGGUGGCCCCAUGGAUGGAUGUUUAGAUGGGCCAUCGAUGGAUGGACCAGGAUUCGGGUAUGGUCCAGGUAUGCCCGGACCAUAUGAUCCGAUGAUGUGCAAUGGACCCGGACCAAUGCCCCCGGGUAUCCUGCCCCCUGGUAUUCCUCCCCUAGAUAUGCCGCCCAUGGUUCCGCCUCUGGUGGACAACCCUGUCUUUCCUUCACUCUGGCAAAGCGAGGCCAACCCUUAUGCUGUUCAUCCACCAUUGUGGCCCGUCCCGACAACAGCCUCCCCUCCGACUGAGACGACUGUAGUUCCUGAUGUGUGGGGACUCUGCUGGGGCUCUGAGGUUCUUCAGCUUGAUCCACCCCAGACUGAUGAACAGAAGACCAAAGACUCAAAGAAGGAGAAAAAAGCAGGACAGAAAAAGAGCUACAAUGACAAGCCUCCUCCACCUGGAAGAUUCAAGGGGGUCAUCUCAUUCAUAGGGCCAACUUAUGGCUUCAUCGAAAGAGACGAUCUCAAUAAAUAUUCCUUCACUUUUGAUGCUUUUCUCGGAGUCCCCAAGAACAUGUUACCUGGGGUCAGGGUGCAUUUUACAGCCUACAAGGAGAAGGCCGGGGAGUGUGCCACUGAUGUGUCUGUACCUCCAGGGGGGACUGAGGAGAUUGACUCCACCAUUAUUGAAGGUUUUGUCUGCAAUGUUAUCCUGGAGCAGCAGCCUGGUGCAAAGCCGAAACCUGGCCAAAUUGAGGCCAACAUCGACGGCAUGUCAAGAGCACUGCUUUACUCGGAGAAGGACUACACCAUCACUCUGUUGCAAGGGGACCAUGUGACGUUCAACUUGUUGACCGACAUAGUUACCCAAAAAAUUAGAGCCACUAAUAUUCGGCCACAGACACCACAGACUUUUAAGAUCACUGGAGAGAAGAGGGAGGUGGGUGUUAUAAAGAGCGUAAAGGGUGGUUCUGGUACCAUCAUGGCAGCGAACCACAACAACCUGCCCUUUGAAACCACCGAGAACAUGAGUCUAACUGAGUUCACCAUUAUGGAUGAGGUGGACUUUACAGUUGUCACAAUCAAAAAUAAGGAGAAGGCCAUCAGAGUAAGGAAGCUGAAAGAGUGCUCAGUGACACUGGAAGAAACCAUGGAGAAGAUAGUUGAAGACCCUGCAGGAAAAGACAAGUGGAAGCCAGUGGCCCCAGUGGAGGAGGUGCUGCUCCAGAGGACUGUGGUGUUUGAGGACAUUAGCACUGUGCAGCAUGCAGGAACGGUCAUUAAGGUCUCCAAAAAGCAGCAGGAGCAGGGCCUUUUGGAGGCAUUGGUGGGUGGCACACAGAAGCAGCUAUUGUUUGGAGCAGCUGACGUUCUGACUGAAGCCACCAUGUUUGACGGAGACAAGGUUCACUUUCACAUCUCCACCAACCGUGAGACUAAGGAGGAGCGUGCCAUCAACGUGGAGAUUCUCUCAGAGACGUUUGAGGAGUUAACAGAGCAACGCAGAACCGGUGAGGUGGUGCAAGCUGGGGAUCUGUCUGGGACCAUUAAGUGCCAUCACAGCCACCAGCUGCUGUUCUUCCAUCUGUCCGAGGUCAUGGAGGAGAAGAAAUUGGACAUCUCGGAGAAGGUGAAGUUCAGUGUCAUUUCGCUUGAAACCGCUGAAGGAGGCAACCAAGCGAUUAGGAUCAAACGCCUUAUCGACAGUGUUCUUACCCCUGUUCUUACCGCUGUGCCCAAGCUAAGGGGCGUGGCGGCAAAAGAAAAGAAGAAGAUGACCAUCAAACUGAUGAGAGACCCAAAUGACCUCAUCAAGGGCACAGGUGUCAAAGUAGAGAACAAAGAUGAUGAUCCCACGUGAGUUUGAUUGUAAUUAGCAGUAGUAUU